UACGAUUCGUCGGGUCGGAAACAGGGCGCGCUAAGAAGCCAUCCUCCCGAGGCUUCCAAAGUCCGAGCAUUAGAUCCCGGCUGACAUGUUCCAACUCUCAUUCUCAUAGGGGGUCCUGCGUGGUAUUCAAGUGCAGACUUCGCUCACAUCUCGACCACAUCGAGUAUUUAUGUUGUUUCGCGCUGCAAACCAGACAGUUCUCCAUCCAUUCCGAUUCCCAACAGGACCGAUCAAACUGAAUAUUUCCCCCUUCCUUUCCAACUUUGCUUCCAUCAAACACUCGCCAACAUGCCCGCCUCAUCCCCCCGGAAAAGCAACGGUGUUGAAGUCUCCUCCUUUGUCAACAACCACAAUGAUACAUACCCCCAUAUCUCACCGGCCAUUGCGGACCUCUCGGGCAAAUCCAUGCUCAUCACCGGCGCGUCGAAGGGGUUGGGCAAGGCAAUCGCCAUCCGCUUCGCCAUGGUCGAUUGCUCCAAGAUUGCUCUAGUGGCACGCUCCCCUCUGUCCGAGGCCGAGAAGGAAGUCAAAGCCGCCGCUGCGGCUGCGGGCCACCCGGAGCCUCAUGUCCUCAAGCUGAACGUCAACGUCAGCUCGGAGGCAUCCGUCCGGAACGCCGCGGACGUCGUGAGCCAGGCGUUUGGCGGGAGCCUGGACGUGCUAAUCGCCAAUGCGGGUUACUCGGCCGACUGGGACCACCCCCUUGCUAAGUCGGAUCCGUCCGAGUGGUGGAAGACGUGGGAGACCAACAUCAACGGCACCUACCUCUCCGCUCGGUUCUUCACGCCGCAGGUGCUCGCGUCGUCGCUCAAGACCGUCAUCGUGCUCUCCAGCGUCGGUGCGCACCACAUUUAUCCCGGCGCCUCGUCGUAUCAGACACAAAGUUUGCGCUGUGCCGGUUUACCGAGUUUCUCGACCAGAAGUACCAUGCAAAGGGGCUGGUGGCCAUUGCCAUCCAUCCGGGCGGAGUCCAGACGGAGAUGGCGCAGAAGAUGCCCGAGCAAUUGCGCAAGGUCGUGAUUGAUACGAGCCCCGAGCUGGCAGCGGAUGCCAUUGUGUGGCUCGCCAAGGAACCGCGGCAUUGUCUGGCUGGAAGAUAUUUCUCGUGCAAGUGGGACGUGGAGGAGUUGGGAGCUCGGAAGGAUGAGAUUGUCGACAAGGAUCUGCUGAAAUUCAGACUCAGAAUCUGAUGGGGUUUACCGGUGAGUAAGAGUUUUCCCGGCUUGGUAGCUACUAAUAAGAUGACUCCAACCCCUUCCCGGUGAACAAACACCGGGGGCCGCCCGCGCGGGCGGCCGGGCAUCGCAAAAAUCGAGAUGCAGUACCUUUGCGACCUGUU